GAACUGCGUAUGGUGAUCGCUCAGUUGCCAGCUCGUAAACGAGUUGCUCUAUUCGAGUAUCCAGCGCUACCCAAAUAUGAGAUUGGUUUCUACUUAUCGGUGAUAUUCGUCGGUUUCUUCUUUGCUUGGUACGCUGUGAAUGAGGCAACGAAUCAGUUCGAACGUCUUCUUGCCGAUGACUUACCAAUACCAAGACAUUAUAUACCAUUUUUUGGAUAUCGAUACAAGGAUGAAAGUAACUGGGAGUGGGGUCGAUGGAGUCCAUUCGCACUUUCAUUUCUACCCUACCUAGCUGUAAGCUGUCUCAUUUUCAAUGUUGGUGAGAAAUUUCUCUCGGAAUCGGUAAUGCCCUAUGUGAUGAUCGCUUAUUCGGCAUUUGCAUGUUCACAGCUGUUCACCGGAUGGCUCGUAGUGGUUUCCAUACUUCAAGGAACGUUCAUUUUCGCCAUGGCAACGUUCACCAAGCGAUCCUUAGUGGUUUGGGUGAGCGGAUUACCGAUUCUCUAUAUGGUGAUGAACAACUCGUUGGAUUUCAAUCAUGAUCCAUUUCUGGUGUUGAUCUUCGCUUCGUAUACUCUGCUCUCUUAUAUAUCGUUCAGUUUGGAAACAGUUAAAGAGAAUCUACGAGAUGAAGAUAACACCGUUUGGAAACGAUACGUUCGAAUGCUAUUCUACACAUUCUAUCUGCCAUACGUUAUCAGUUUGGUGGUGACCUAUCCAGAUUUCGAGAAGCAGAUGAGUGAACGUGCCACAAGGCAACGAAACUGGCUACAGAUUCUAUGGUUCGCCAUCCGGAUCGCAAUUUAUUGGGUGGCCGUCGAAGUGAUGCUACAUAUUUUCUAUUUUGAGGCAAUGCUCAACGAUCCAGAAUUUUCAUACACUCUCCGCGAGGAUCUAUAUUUGGCCGCUUGUAUGGCAUUCGGUCAAUUUUUCCACCUGAAAUAUGUGGUGAUAUUUGGAGUGCCAGCCGUUUUUGCAAAAAUUGACAAUAUGAAACCACAGAAAGGACCCAUUUGUAUGGCCGCAGUAGCGCUCUACUCAAAAAUGUGGCGAAAUUUUGAUCGUGGUCUCUACUCAUUUUUCAAGCAAUACAUAUUCAUUCCCAUUGCUGCACCAACUUUUUCGUUAUCGCGAAAGAUUUUCGCCGUCUUCGUAUGCUAUGGUUUCGUGCUUAUUUGGCAUGGAUUCAACACGUCCAAUUAUAUAUGGAUAUCGCUAAGUAUAAGUGAAUUGUUUCUCGAAUAUCUGGGUAAGGGUAUCUACUCAAUUGAGAGUGUACGAAAAUGGCGUGAGGAGCACAUUGGUGAUGUGGCAUUCAGACGCAUCGUUGCGGUUCUGCAAGAGAUCACCAUGAUACCGGCGAUUUACGGCAACUAUUUCUUCGUUUGUGGACCAUUCAUUGCCUAUCAGACAAUUGAACGGAUCUGGUUCGAGGAGACAUUAAAACUGCAAUAUCCUCUCUUUAUCUUGCUCAUACUCGGCUAUAUUUAUGUGCAAAUGGUACUGGAAAUUGAACGACAAAAAUCGCUAUGUAGAAAGCGGCGUGACGACGCAAGAAAGAAGGAAAUGGAAGAGGCAAUUGAGCAGGAGGAACAAAACGAUGAUAACAAGGAUGAUAUGGCCAAAAAAGUUGACUGA